AUGGGUUGGCUAGCCGUUCUGGUGUCUUGUUCAUGCCUGACCGUGGGUUUUUCCUACGACGACGAGGUUACUUGUGGAAGCGUCCUGAAACUUAUGAACGUAAAUGAAGGCUCACGUCUCCAUUCCCAUGAAGUUAAAUAUGGAAGUGGUAGUGGGCAACAAUCGGUUACUGCCGUACAGGCCUCUGACGAUGUUAAUUCGCACUGGCAGAUCUUCCCAGCACUGAAAGAAACUUGUAAACGAGGGGAGCCUUUGAAAUGCGGUGAAAAACUUCGUCUAAAGCAUCUCACUACUGGAUGCUUCCUUCAUACCCACCAUUUUAUAGCACCUUUGUCAAAACAUCAUCAGGAAGUUUCUUGCUUUGGUGAUGACGCCCAAAGUGAUACUGGCGAUAAUUGGCAACUAGUCUGUGACACCGAGGAAUGGCUCGAAAAUGAGCCAGUAAAGUUCAAACACGUUGACACAGGCGUGUACUUAGCACUGUCGGGACAGCAAUUUGGCAGGCCUAUUCAUGGACAAAGAGAGGUUGUUGGAACAGAUGGAAUAACAAGCUAUGGGAAAUGGAAGGCUGCCGAAGGGGUUUUUAUGAAGCGAACAAAAGAUUAA